UCGUGUGUUGUGCGUUGUGAGACGGAUCAUGGCCCACUCUGUUGUCAGGCACUGGUGCCGAAUAUGUUGGUGCCUGAUACUGCUACAGUGGUUCGAUGGGACGCUGGAGCAGGAUGUGACGUCACCGGAGGCGGCAGGGGGUGGAGUUACUGAUGUGUACGCGGCGUACUCUGGCGAGCAGUUGGACAAUUCUGGGGGAGGCUCCAGGGUGCUCCUGAGGAAGCUGACUCCUAUCGUAGUGCCCGAUAACGAGACGGACGGACUGGUGCACGACAGCAGCGAGCAGAACUCGGUGGUGUUUGUGGCGGAUGGAUCAGGGUAUGUGCCCAUUGGUCAGCUGCGCUCUCAUCCUGGGCCACAUCCAGAUGAUUUUGACUAUCACCAUGUAGCACCUAUCGAGGCUUGGGACAGAGACUACAGCCGAUGGCGCUCCAACACAACCCGUGUGCAGCAUAUUGAAGCAGAAUGUCAAGAUGAUUACAUGAAGAUCCGCAUCGGUUUCAAUGGCUCCUUUACCGGUCUGCUCUAUUCUUCAGGCUACUCGUACGACCCAGACUGCGUCUAUAUCAACGGCACGGGACGGGAUUAUUAUGAAUUCUUCAUCCAGCUGAACAGAUGCGGAACACUGGGAAGAAACACUCAUCAUGAGGACAGUAGGAAGGCUCCGACAAAGAACUUCAUGUGGAACACCGUGACGGUGCAGUACAACCCGCUCAUCGAAGAGGAGUGGGACGAGCACUUCAAGGUCACGUGUGAAUAUGGCUAUGACUUUUGGAAGACUGUCACCUUUCCGUUCCUAGAUGUGGAAGUGGCGACAGGCAACCCUGUUCUAUUCACCCUGUCACCUCCCGAGUGCUACAUGGAGAUUAGGCAUGGGUACGGCACUUCAGGUACACGUGUCGGGGGUCCAGUCCGCGUCGGAGAUCCCCUCACUCUCAUAAUCUACAUGCGCAGCAAAUAUGAUGGUUUUGACAUUGUGGUUAAUGACUGCUUUGCGCACAAUGGGGCCACUAAGAAGAUCCAACUCAUUGACCAGUAUGGAUGCCCUGUAGAUGACAAGUUGAUAAGUCGGUUCCGUGGGUCUUGGAGUGAGAGCGGUGUGUUUGAAACACAAGUGUUUGCCUACAUGAAGACCUUCCGCUUUACCGGUUCCCCAGCACUCUACAUUGAGUGCGAUGUGCGAAUGUGCCAUGGGCGAUGCCCAAGCCAGCCCUGUCACUGGCGCAAUGCCAAGUCCCUAAAAAAACGUUCUGUGGAUACCACAACGCUAACCCCGCCACCUCACGCCUUGUCCGAGAACGUGAGUUUAUUCCAGUCACUGCGUGUCAUACAGGAUGGUGAGAAUGCUGACGCAAGUUCAUCACCUAGCAACAGCACGCUUUCUGAAUCUAACGGCGUGUGUCUGAGGACUGGUGCCUUUUCAGCACUGCUUGGUCUUGGCUCUGUCCUGCUUUGUCUUCUGAGUCUUUGUGUCAUGGUGCUCUGUUGUCGUCUCCAUCGCUUGAAGGUGGCAACACUGGAGAAAGAUGCCAUCUCAACAUCUGACCCCCCAUCAAUAUUUGACCACACCGGCUUCAUGACGCACAAAGGACGCAUAAACUGAGAGCUGAAGUGUUACGUAUUUAAGUUUUCAGCUCCGUCCUCCCACUUUGAAACGUGCGCUUGAUUGUGCAUAAGCGUAACUUGCCGAACUGUGCACAUCUGGCUUCAGAGUGACGAUGAAGUAGAACUUUCAGAUGGACCAGCUAUUGGAUAAUGAAACAGUAGGUUGCCUGUGACCCCUUCACAUAAAUUGACAGAUAUGACCUCCCAUUUAUGAGUUUACUUUAUGCAAAUAAUACAUGCAGAAGCAACAGGAAAGCAGUAAUUUCUGUGUUACAGUGCAUUCAAGAGGAAAAUAUGUUUGAUACAUGCUGCCCCUCAUUGUAUAACUCACUUUUGAUGGCGUAAUCCUGUUGAUUUGUUCCGUAGCUUUUAUUGUCCCACACACACAGUGCCACUGCUGGUCAGACAAUGUAACUAACUAUUUAACAGUAUCCUAGUGCAAUGCAUGGCCAGCUGGACUGUUAAUGAGAGACAUAAAUGAUAAAGGUUAACUUAAUGCUGUCAUGUAUGUGAAUUUCAGAAAUCUUCAAUUUCCAGCCUGUCCUUUAAUGCAUUCUUUCUCUAUCUUGUAAUAUACCUAUGGUCACUAUUUAGUAACUUCAUGUGUUGUCACGUUCUGUCUCCAUUUUGUUUUGUUAUUGACAAAAGGCAGAAUAGGCUAGAAGGUGAAAGCCAGCUGUCAUACAAGAGCAGGAUUCCUCCUAUCAAUUUUUUACAUAAUGGCUGUUUGCAAUACUAAUAUAUUAAUUUAUUUGCUCCCAAAAAGAGUGUACAAGUUGAUGUUCAAAGUAACUGGUCCAUUUGGAAGUUGAGUGGGAGAUGGUUCUUAUUUAUUUCUGAAGAAACACAUUACCUGGACUUCAGAUGGUAUGAAUCAGACCUGAGAUUCAGUCUUCGGAGUAGACAGUGCAGGGUCAUAGGAUAAGCGUUAACACAUUCAUGUUGCCUUGGAUUUCAUGUCCAUUUCCAUGUGUGUGUUGCAAUUUAUAAACAUUUUCUCCACCUAGUAUACUAACUGUUGGUCACAAGUGGGGAAGAGACUUCAUCUUGUAUUUAGAUAAAUGCAGAAGAUGAGAAAGGUAUAAUAUUUUCCUUUUUUUUGACUCUGCUAUAAUUAAAAUCCACAGAUUCCUGGUCUCGCAUAUGCCCAUAAAAUCACAGAAUAUUAACUACAUUUUACUAUGUUGAAUGUUCCUGCCACAUUUAUGUUCAUUACAUUUCACUGCAGAGUCUUAACGUUUUUCGAUAAUUGCGUAUGAUAACAACUUUUAUACAUUGUCCAUCAUCUCAACAUAAAGUUAUGAACGAUGUCCAAAAUAUCAGUCAUGUUGAUUACAUUCUACUGCAUUUAAUGUGGGAAAGGGUUAAGCACCACGUGCUCAUUUGUUACAAGACUUAUAUGUGAAAACAUGAAUGUUGUUUUGAAUUAUGAGUUUCAGUGUUGUGUCUUCGAACAAAUUGACUUUUGGAUGUAGUUACUUGAAGAAAAGCUCGGAGGACAGUUUUUUUUUUUUUUCUCCAGCUGGUCUCCACAGUGUUUGACCUGUGUACAUAAGACUCGUAGAUCAAGUGGUUUGUGGGUUGAGUGACAUGAAGCAGACUGCUCUCAUCAGCUUGCACUGUCAGCCACGUCUGUGAGACUACUCUCUGCUCGCUAGUUGAAAUUUCUUUACAGGGCAUACACAGUAUGUUCAUCCUUUACAUUUUAAAUGUUUAGAUGUUUUAAGAGCUCGGUUCUUCUAUAUUUUAAAAUACAAUGUACAGUGUAUAAUUCUUAUGCACAGUUAAUCCAAAUACCAUCUUCUCGUGAUGAAAUUCUUUCAGGCGAUCAUCCACGCCAAUUUGGAGCAGACGUCUGUUAAGUACCUAACCUAACAUUUACAGUUGUUUACCUCAUUUCUCCAAUCCCAGUGACCACGUGGUCACUGGGACCGUGGGUUCGAAUUCCACUCAAGCAUGGAUGUUUGUCUGCGUCUUUCUGCGUUGUGCUGUCCUGUGUACAGGUAGAAGCCUUGCAACAGGCUGAUCACUCAUCCAAGGAGUCCUAUCAACUGUCUAAUAGAUCAAAGCCAACGAAAGUUGGGACCUGCAGAUGCUCAAGGCACUGAAGAACAGGUCGCCUAAGUAUCUCCAAUCUUGCUCCAUGAUUUGUGUAACUGUCUGAUGCUAUAUCACCUAUUUUGUUGGUAUUUUACAGAUGGGCGUUUGUAAAUGCCACAGUUGUGUUGUAACAGCUAUAGUUGAAGAGAGAGUCUGUUUGUAUGCCACAAUAUUGGCUGAUGUUUGUACACCUUAUUGUCUAUAAAAUAAAAAUUGUCAGUGACAGAA